GGUCACUCUCUUUCCCCGGGCAAUGACGUCUCACGUCACGUGACACCAACAAACUUUUUUUUUUUUUUUCUCCCCCAUUCUUUCAUCUGAUGCUGCCCAAAGGGUUUGUGGAAAUGGCGGCUUGAGAGCUGCGUCCCACACUCCCACAUCCACUCUCCGACACACUUCAGUGUCACGUUUAUUUUCUCCACACAUUUCUUCCGCCCUAUCCCUAAAAAUAGAAGGAGGAGUUAUCUCCAGGAAAUCCCUGACACGCCAGUCGGGCUGUACUGCCCCCUCCCCCUACCUUAAAGUUAUUUGUUUGGGGGAAAAAAUAAAUUACAAUUUAACUCUGUGUAUUACCCGCAAAUUGGACUAUAUGACAAGUUGGAUGUUCCUUUAUCCUUUUCUGGGAAGAUGACGCGGUGGGUCCCAACCAAGAAAGAGGAGAAAUAUGGAGUUGCACUUUAUAACUAUGAAUCCAGAGGACCCGAUGAGCUUUGUUUGCAGAUCGGUGAAACUGUGCACAUACUGGAAACACAUGAAGGUUGGUACAGAGGUUACACGUUAAGAAAGAAAUCGAAAAAGGGUAUAUUUCCUGCUAGCUACAUUCAUCUCAAAGAUGCAACAGUUGAAGGCAAAGGGCAACAUGAAACUGUUGUACCUUGUGAAAUCCCACUUGUUCAUGAAGUUACAUCAACACUACGGGAAUGGUCCAUCAUAUGGCGUCAACUUUAUGUUCAAGAUAAUCGGGAAAUGUUUAAUUGUGUAAGAAAUAUGAUAUAUGACCUGGUGGAAUGGCGAUCACAAAUACUCUCGGGAACACUACCACAAGAUGAGCUUAAAGAACUUAAAAAGAAGAUAACGGCAAGAAUCGAUUAUGGAAACCGAAUUCUUGACUUGGACUUGGUUGUUCGAGAUGAAGAUGGCAACAUUUUGGACCCUGAGCAGACCAGCACAAUUAGUCUUUUUAGAGCACAUGAAAUUGCAUCAAAGCAUGUUGAGGAACGAAUACAAGAAGAAAGGUCUCAGAAACUGAAUGACAUCAACAGACAAGCCAAGUUUGCAGCCACACCCUCAUUUGCGCUAUUUGUCAAUUUAAAAAAUGUUGUCUGCAAAAUUGGAGAAGAUGCAGAGGUACUUAUGUCUCUUUAUGAUCAUCUGGAAUCUAAGUUUAUCAGUGAAAACUAUUUAGUGAGGUGGUCAAGUUCAGGCUUGCCAAAAGACAUUGAAAGACUGCACAAUCUAAGAGCUGUUUUUACAGAUCUUGGAAGCAAGGAUCUGAAAAGAGAAAAAAUAAGCUUUGUGUGUCAGAUUGUAAGAGUAGGGAGAAUGGAAUUACGGGACAAUAAUACAAGAAAACUAACUUCUGGACUGAGGCGACCUUUUGGCGUAGCAGUAAUGGAUGUAACUGACAUAAUUACCGGAAAAAUUGAUGAUGAAGACAAACAGCAUUUUAUACCUUUUCAGCCGGUGGCAGGAGAGAACGAUUUCCUACAGACUGUUAUAAACAAAGUGAUUGCUGCCAAAGAAGUUAAUCACAAAGGUCAAGGUCUGUGGGUUACAAUGAAGUUGCUGCCUGGUGACAUACAUCAGAUUAGAAAAGAAUUUCCUCAUCUAGUCGAUCGAACCACAGCUGUUGCAAGGAAAAUGGGGUUUCCAGAGAUAAUAAUGCCAGGGGAUGUACGCAAUGACAUCUAUGUAACAUUGCUUCAGGGAGAUUAUGACCGAGGGGCCAAAACAGCAGCAAAAAAUGUUGAAGUUACAGUAUCAGUCUUUGAUGAAGAUGGAAAAAGACUCGAGAGUGUUAUAUACCCUGGAGCUGGUGACGAAGCUAUUUCAGAGUACAAAUCUGUAAUCUAUUAUCAGGUGAAGCAGUCACGUUGGUUUGAGACAAUUAAAGUUGCAAUACCGAUUGAAGAUGUAAAUCGUAGCCAUUUAAGAUUUACUUUCCGGCACCGAUCAUCACAGGAAUCCAAAGAUAAGUCUGAGAAGAUAUUUGCUGUGGCAUUUGUAAAACUAAUGAGAUAUGAUGGCACAACAUUAAGAGAUGGAGAACAUGACCUCAUUGUCUACAAGGCAGAGGCGAAAAAACUGGAAGAUGUUGCAACAUAUCUUAACCUUCCAUCAACUAAAAUAGAACUGGAAGAAAAAGGCCACUCUGCAACUGGGAAGACCUUUCAGAAUUUGGGAAGCUGCACAAUUAGCAAAGAUUCUUUCCAAAUCUCAACCCUGGUGUGUUCAACUAAGCUCACACAAAAUGUUGAUCUCCUUGGUCUACUGAAAUGGCGAUCGAAUACAAAUUUACUGCAACAAAAUUUACGCCAGUUAAUGAAGGUUGACGGAGAAGAAGUUGUAAAGUUUUUGCAGGACACAUUGGAUGCACUUUUCAACAUCAUAAUGGAAAAUUCUGAGAGUGAAACCUUUGAUAUUUUGGUAUUUGAUGCAUUGGUAUUUAUUAUUGGUCUCAUUGCCGACAGAAAGUUUCAGCACUUUAAUCCAGUUUUGGAGACUUACAUUAAGAAGCAUUUCAGUGCAACAUUGGCAUACACAAAAUUAACUAAAGUAUUAAAAAACUACGUGGAGAACUCUGACAAGCCAGUUUUUACUGACCAGUUAUUUAAGGCAAUGAAGGCUUUGGAGUACAUCUUUAAAUUUAUUGUGAGAUCCAGAAUAUUGUUUAUUCAACUAUAUGAAAAUAAAGGUGAAGCUGAGUUUAUGGAAUCUUUAAUGCAGCUGUUCAAAUCAAUCAAUGACAUGACGAGCAGCAUCACAGAUCAAACUGUUAUAGUUAAGGGGGCUGCACUGAAAUAUUUGCCAACAAUUGUAAAUGAUGUGAAACUUGUAUUUGAUCCAAAAGAAUUAAGCAAGUUGUUUACGGAGUUCAUUCUAAAUGUACCAAAAGAAAGACUUGUGCGCCAGAAGCUCUAUUGUCUUAUUGAAAUAGUUCAUAGUGAUCUCUUUAGUCAGCUGGAAUGCAGAGACAUUCUACUUCCAAUGAUGACAGAUCAGUUAAAGAAUCACUUGGAAAGACAAGAAGAACUAGAUGCUUGCUGCCAACUUCUUAGUAACAUCCUUGAAAUGCUUUACAGGAAAGAUGUGGGACCGACACAGAGGCAUGUGCAGAUAAUCAUGGAAAAAUUACUGAGGACUGUAAACCGGACUGUUAUUUCCAUGGGGCGAGAUUCAGAGCUCAUAGGGAAUUUUGUUGCUUCAAUGACUGCAAUUUUAAGGCAAAUGGAAGACUGUCACUAUGUGCAUCUAAUCAAGGCAUUUGGAAAAAUGAGGACUGAUGUUGUGGAUUUUCUGAUGGAAACCUUUAUCAUGUUUAAGAAUCUCAUUGGGAAGAAUGUGUAUCCCUCUGAUUGGGUUGUAAUGAACAUGAUGCAAAAUAAAGUCUUCCUAAGAGCAAUUAAUCAGUAUGCAGACAUGCUGAACAAGAAAUUUCUGGAUCAAGCCAACUUUGAGCUACAGCUCUGGAACAACUAUUUUCAUUUGGCCGUUGCAUUUCUUACCCAAGAAUCAUUACAGCUGGAGAAUUUUUCAAGUGCUAAGAGAACCAAAAUACUUAACAAAUAUUGCGACAUGAGAAGACAAAUUGGCUUUGAAAUCAGGGACAUGUGGUAUAAUCUUGGCCAACACAAAAUAAAAUUUAUUCCUGAAAUGGUUGGGCCCAUGUUGGAGAUGACAUUAAUACCAGAAACGGAACUUCGUAGAGCAACUAUACCAAUAUUCUUUGACAUGAUGCAGUGUGAAUUUCAUUCCACUAGAAGUUUCCAAAUGUUUGAGAACGAGAUCAUCACCAAGUUGGACCACGAAGUGGAAGGUGGGAGAGGAGAUGAACAGUACAAGGUUUUAUUUGAGAAAAUACUUCUGGAUCACUGCAGAAAACACAAAUAUUUGUCCAAAAGUGGCGAAAACUUUGUAACACUUGUUGUCCGGUUAAUGGAGAGGCUACUGGACUACAGAACAAUCAUGCAUGAUGAAAAUAAGGAAAACCGAAUGAGCUGUACCGUUAAUGUCCUGAAUUUCUACAAGGAGAUUGAAAGAGAAGAAAUGUACAUAAGGUAUCUGUACAAAUUAUGCGAUCUUCAUAAGGAGUGUGAUAACUACACUGAAGCAGCGUAUACACUCCUUCUGCAUGCCAAGCUUCUCAAGUGGUCAGAAGAACCAUGUGCAGCGCAUCUCACUCAGCGUGAUGGUUACCAGGCAACUACUCAAGGGCAGCUGAAAGACCAAUUGUACCAAGAAAUUAUCCAUUACUUUGACAAAGGCAAGAUGUGGGAAGAAGCUAUAACUCUUGGCAAAGAACUGGCAGAACAAUAUGAAAAUGAAAUGUUUGAUUAUGAGCAACUUAGUGAAUUACUGAAAAAGCAAGCACAGUUUUUCGAAAAGAUUGUGAAAGUUAUUCGACCCAAACCUGAUUACUUUGCAGUUGGUUAUUAUGGACAAGGAUUUCCUACAUUUAUUAGGAACAAAGUAUUUAUUUAUAGAGGGAAAGAAUAUGAGCGUCGUGAAGAUUUUGAAGCCAGGUUAUUAACCCAGUUUCCAAAUGCAGAGAAAAUGAAGACAACAUCUCCACCAGGAGAAGACAUAAAGAAUUCUACAGGACAGUACAUUCAGUGCUUUACUGUAAAACCAUUGCUUGAAUUGCCUCCAAAGUUUCAAAAUAAAUCUGUAUGCGAACAGAUUUUAAGUUUCUACAGAGUGAAUGAGGUCUUGCGGUUCCAGUACUCAAGACCAAUACGAAAGGGAGAAAAAGAUCCUGAAAAUGAAUUUUCCAACAUGUGGAUUGAAAGAACUACAUUUUCAAUAACCUACAAGCUACCUGGAAUACUGAGAUGGUUUGAGGUUAAAUCUAUUUCUACGGUUGAAAUAAGUCCUCUGGAAAACGCAAUUGAAACUAUGCUGUUAACAAAUGAAAAGAUCAAUAAUAUGGUUCAGCAGCAUAUUAAUGAUCCUAAUAUGCCUAUAAAUCCACUAUCCUUGUUGCUUAAUGGGAUUGUAGAUCCAGCGGUCAUGGGAGGAUUUGCUAAUUAUGAGAAGGCUUUCUUCACUGAGAAAUACAUGCAAGAACACCCAGAGGAUCUUGAAAAGAUUGAAAAAGUAAAGGACCUAAUUGCGUGGCAGGUUCCCUUUUUAGCUGAAGGAAUAAGAAUUCAUGGUGAAAAGGUAACAGAGGCAUUACGGCCUUUUCAUGAGAGGAUGGAGGCGUGUUUUAAACAGCUGAAGGAAAAAGUAGAGAAGCAGUACGGCGUGAGGACUCUGUCUUCCAGCAUUGAUGAAAGACGUGGAACUCGACCUAGAUCAAUGGUUAGAUCCUUUACGAUGCCAUCUUCAUCCAGACCUUUGUCGGUAGUGUCUGUGUCCUCCGUAUCAUCUGACAAUACACCAUCAAGACCUGGUUCAGAUGGGUUUGUUCUUGAACCACUUUUGCCAAAGAAGAUGCAUUCUAGGUCUCAAGAUAAAUUGGACAGAGAUGAUCUGGAUAAGGAGAAAAAAGAAAAAAAGAAAGAGAAAAGGAAUAGCAAGCACCAAGAGAUUUUUGAUAAAGAAUUUAAAACUACUGAGAUUUCAUUGCCACAAUCUGAAGCAGUUAUUCUAUCAGAAACGAUAAGCCCAUUAAGACCACAGAGGCCAAAGAGUCAAGUUCUCAGUGUUGCUGGAGAAAGAAGAUUUUCCGUAUCUCCGAGUCAAGCUACUUCACAGCAACCUCCACCAAUUACCCCAAGAGCUAAGCUGACAUUUAGCCUGUCAUCAAACAUAGAACUGAAUGGCGUUACUGCUGCUGAAUCUAUUGAUACUCCCCCUCCACUGCCAGUCAAAGGCAAUACGGCAGACUAUGGCAAUGUCAUGGACUAUCAAGAAUUCAUUCAUCCUGCUACACCUCCACCCCCACCACAGCGGCAUCUGCCACCUCCCUUGCCAAGUAAAACACCACCUCCUCCUCCUCCAAAGACUACGAAGAAACAGACGUCAGUGGAUUCUGGAAUUAUGCAGUAAACCGGCAUGUGAUUCACCAAAUGCAAAGCUUGUUAUUAGAGAAUGUACCUCAUUUGGGCCUGCAGUGUCAUCCCUCUAGUGCAAUCAUAGAAAAAAGAAAAUAGUUUAGAUUAACCAACUGUAAAACAAAUGUCUGGUUAGCUACUGAGUUGUGGAUACUAAUUUAUUUAGGAUAAUACUAAAAAUCAUCAGGAUUUCUGAGAGAUACAUCUAGAUGAAAAAAUCUCCAUAACAAUAUUGGUGGUUUUACUAAAAGUCUGCUCUUCACUGUGCCAUCAUCUUGUACAGAAAUUUGUAUAUAUGAUGUUUUUUAAUUUUAGGAAGUUUUAAUUUUUUAUGAUACCUGCUUUUAUCUUACCAGAGCUUUUCAUGAUCCACUUAAAUUCACAAGUAUUUUCUGCUAGCAACAACUGCUGAACACAUAUAAACUUGUUAAUAUUUCAGCAGUCUUGUACUCUGUAAACCAAUUAUCGUAAUCGUGUAUAGAUUCAUCUUAAGAGUUAUAAUAUUGGUGAUCAUUAGCUACAACUGUAUUCCUUGUCAUUCCAUUUUAUAAUCACCAUGUAGAUGUUGUUAUAUAUCAUUUACUAAAAAAAUUAAAAAGAUGUUUUCAAAAGAAA